AUGGAGAUGAGCUUUGUGGAGACGCUUAUGCCACAAAAUAAUCAGCCACCUGAUAACCAUCCUCAUAAUCGUCCUAGCCAACAAAAUUCAUCUCCCUCAAAUAAUUCUCCUCCAUUUGAAGAAGAUGAAACAGAAACAGUUACUGGUACCUCAAAUCCUAGCACAAAUGCUAAAACUGAGCAAGUAAGAAUCACAGCAAUUGAUGUUGCAAAUCUUCCUCAAGAUCCAGGAAAAAGGAGAAAGUUGAGUCAAUUUCAUCCGAAUGACAGGGAUUUAGUAAGAAGAGAAUAUAUUCAAAGACAACCUUGUCAAACCGAAACCUUUGACUCUCCUUUUAGACACUUUGGGAAAAGUAAACGUCGUUUUAACCUAAAGUGGUUUGAAGAUCACAAACCUUGGCUUGAAUAUAGUGUUGAAAAGGAUGCUGGAUAUUGUUUUAUUUGCUAUUUGUUUGGUGAAUCUGAUGCUUUUGUAAGUGAGGGGCUCAGAACAUGGAGCAAACCUGAUGCACAUAGGAAGCAUGUAGGUGGUCAGAACAACAUUCAUAAACAAGUUGUGGCUGCUUAUAAUGACUUCCAAAAUCAGAAAGGUUCUAUUCAAUCCAACUUCUUAAGGCAAACUGUGGAAUUCACAAGGCAAUACAGAACUCGUUUAGAAGCUUUUGUGAAGUGCUUGAGGUGGCUUGUACUUCAAGGACAUCCUGCUCGUGACCAUGAUGAAAGUGUGCAUUCAAAUAAUCGGGGUAAUUUUCUUGAAAUUUUAAAAUUUCAUGCAAUGGAUAGAGUUGAUGUUCAAAAUGUUGUGUUGGAAAAUGCCCCUCAAAAUUGUCAAAUGAUUGCUCCUUCAAUCCAAAAGCAAAUUAUCAAUGCAUAUGCUAGAGAGACAACAAAAGCAAUGAUUGAAGAAAUACGUAAUGAUUUCUUUGCUAUCUUAGAUGAUGAAUUUGCUGAUAUCGUGGAUAAAGAACAACUAGUUGUUGAUGAUAGUGGAGAAGUAAAAGAACAUUUUCUUAGCAUAAUGCAUGUUGCUGAUACUACUUAUGCUACUCGUAAAAAUGCAAUUGAAUCAAUGCUUAUGGAGAAUUCUUUAAGUCUUUCUAAUGUUUGUGGUCAAGGAUAUGACGGUGCAAGUAAUAUGCAAGGAAAAAUUAAUGGUUUGAAAUCUUUAAUCCUUCAAGAAUCUAAACAAGCAUAUUGUAGGAAAGAAUUUCUUCGGGAAAAACAAAAACAGCAAGUUGUUGAGGCUUUGUCAUUAGGUGAACUUGAAACAGGAACCGGUUUAAAUCAGGAACUUACCUUGAAAAGACCAGGUGACACUCGAUGGGGAUCUCACUUUAAAAUAGUUUUGAAUAUGCUUAAUUUAUAUCGUCCUAUCCUUGAGUCACUUGAUGGGAUUGCAGAUUCUACUCUUGGUAAGGGCAAUCAAAAUAAAGCACAAUCAAUAACAAACUUGUUGAUGACUUUUGAUUUUGUUUUUGUGGUACACUUGAUGGUAGCUAUUUAUGGGAUCACAAAUGAGUUGAAUUUGGCCUUGCAAAGUAGUGAUCAAGAUAUUGUGAAUGCCAUGAAUAUGGUUGGAGUAACUAUGAGGAGUUUACAAAGGUUAAGAGAUAAUGGAUGGGAUGCUCACUUGAACAAAGUCACUUCAUUGAUGGAGAAGCAUGGUAUUGUGACUCCAAACAUGGAGGGUUUAUAUGUCCAUCCAGGUAUAAGGAUGUUUCGUGGUAAUAUGCCAAGAGUGACCAAUCUCCAUCACUUUCGAGUUGAGGUUUUUCUUAGUGUCAUUGAUUUACAAUUACAAGAGAUUGAAGAUCGGUUCGAUGAGAAAAGUAUAGAGUUACUCAUUUUUAUGUCUUCUUUCGAUCCUUCUAAUCGAUUUGAGUCAUUUAACAUAGAAAAAUUGACUCGACUUGCCGAGCUUUAUCCUAAUGAAAUUUCAAGUAGUGAUUUGAUGCACUUUGAUCAUUUGCUUGGAAAUUUCAUUGAUGAUAUGCGAAAUGAUAAGAGGUUUUGGAAUCUAAAGAAUCUCAAUGAGCUUUCUAUGAAAUUAAAGUAG